ACGCCUAUCCAAACACACUCCACAGUUCCACAUGCCAUAUCUCACUCUCCUCCGUCUCUCGUUCACGCGUGUCUAUAUAUAUAGACAUGGUCGCGCUUGAUGAAUCCCAAAACAGCAAAGCGCACACACUGAUUUAGUUACCUCUAGUUCCAUUGCCAUUACCAAUUUGCCAUUGCAAUAACUUGGACUCGCAGAGGACAAGCUCGUUGGGAUUAAUGCCAGGACAGGUCAUGGAAGCUCCUCUGCACCAGCUGCCCCAGCUGACGACCCAGACGGCCCAUCCCAAUUACUGCAAGCAGGACGCCACGGCCGCGUCGACGAUGGCCGACAUGGCGCGCUUCCUCCAGCAGCAGCAGCAGCUCGUGCAGCCGACGAACCAGAACCCGAACGCGAACACGGCGCGGGAGCAGUGCCCGCGUUGCGCGUCGCACGACACCAAGUUCUGCUACUACAACAACUACAACACGUCGCAGCCUCGGCACUUCUGCCGCGCCUGCCGCCGCUACUGGACGCUCGGGGGAUCCCUCCGCAACGUCCCCAUCGGCGGCUCCACACGCAAGCGCCUCCGCCCGGCGCCGCAGCAGCCGCUCCGCCAUCGCCCGCCCGUCCACUUCGCCUCACCGCCUCCAAUCCCGCAGCAGUCCGCCCAGUCUCAGCAAGGACUCCUCGGCUCGCUGUUCGCGCUCGGGGGAGCGCCGCUGCUGCUCGAGGGCCGCGUCGGGUUCGACCUGGGCCUCGGCCUGCCAGGACUGGCGGGCCAGCUAGGGGGCCUCACCGGCAGCGGCGGCGGCGGCGCUGGUGAAGUGGGCCUGCAUUCCCUCGGGCUCAGGGGCGGCGGCCAGUCCGCUGGGCCUGGGCCGACGUCGUCCUUAUCGGCGCCGCUGCUCUGGCCGAGUUCCCUGUUCGAGAACAACGGCGGUAAUAAUGUGGAGACGUGGAAGGUCUCCGGCGGUGGGGCGGCUGCCACUGCCAUGUGGGCGCCGGCUCCGGAGUUCUCUUCCGCCGCGACGGUGCCACAGGUGGGCGGCGUGUUCCAUGGCGGGGCCCAGAUGCUGUGACGUCACUUGAUCUGUAUACGUUACGUCGUAAUCGUAGGUACCAGUGUGGGCGCGUGUGUCCUCUGUUUGCCUGUCAGAGGGUCGUUGUUGGGCGAAGUAUCCGGUGAAAACUCUAGUUCGGUAUAAAUCAUGCAAAUUUUAUAAAA